AUGACCUCAAUUCCGCCCGUGAAGCCCUGGCUGCGACGCAAACAAGGAGCGGUCAGCGGCGAUGUUGUGGCGGAGCGAUUCCACAGCGGAGCCCCGAACGGUGUGCUCGACAGCGCUGUGCCGCUGGAUCCCGUAGGCGGCGUGGGUCUUCUGGACGACGAACCGAUCGGCACGUUAGACUCGCAGCCUUCCUCUCUGGGACUGCCCUUGGGCGGGCAAACCGAACCGCUUCUCGGAGGCAGCGAAGAGGUGGGUGGUGCGAGUUCUUCCACCGACCCAAAUCGCGGGGGUGCCGCCAUCGGUGAAACGACGUUAGCCACCACGGACAACAGCAAUUACGGUCUCUCCACAGGAGGCGUUGGGUACGGCGGGAUAGGAGGCGGAAUGUACGGGGGUGCAAUGGGCGGCUACGGCGGGAUGGGAGGGGGGAUGCAGCAGAUGGGCGGCAUGCAGCAGAAUUCGGAGCUGUUCGGCCCGACGGCGGAGUCACUCUACAAGUUUGAGGAGUUUCUCUCCUUCAACAGUCACAUUCUGGACAAGUCCUACGAGUGUUUAGAGAAGAGUAAGAACUUCCUGAUGGACCACGUUGUGCAAAACGUGAUCUAUUUGCUAAAGAAAGUCCGCCGCCUCGUGUUACCAAUGCACACCGACGAGCAGUGGCGGUUUCGGAAGGGCCGCUGGGUUGUCGUGAACCAGGAGGAGAUUGAAGAGGCCGAGGCUGGUCGGGGCAACCGCGUGUUGCCGCCCUUUCAGUGGCGCCCGGCCGUGGUGAACUUUUUGUUCCUCAUGGUGCUCUGGAGAGGAUACUUCUUGGUCCGCCGCCGGCGGUUGCAACAGGAUCAGAUGCGAAAGAUCGGCGAAGUACUGUAUCAAACGACAUCAUAG